CUCUCACUUCCACGGAAAAUGUCACCACGAGCACAAGUGUUUUGUGUUUUCUUAGGCAAAUAAUCCAUAAAUUUCCACAGAAAAAUGAUUUAAAAGUGCGUAGGGGACAAUCUCAUGGAUUCAGUGUAGCAUACCGCUGUGUAGUGAGGAAAAGUGCUAGUGAAUUUCUGGUGAAUGUGGGUGAAAAAGAAAACAAAAAGGGCGGAGUACCAGGAACCAGGAAAAGCAGUAUUUACGGAUAUAAAUACUCAGUAAACAGCAUGAAAAAGUCAUUAAAUUAAGUAUUGAGAUGUACUAAAUAGUUAAUAGAGGACAACAAAUGCCUGCAAGGUGAUAGAGUUGAAUUUCAGUGAAUGUGGACGUGUGCGCAAAAUGUCACGGCGAGUGAAUUUGCUCGGUCUGGUCACGAUCAGUGGCAUCUGCAUCUUCUUGCUGCUGUUUGCCAGUCAACGAAAUACCAGUUACCCCGUGGACUUUUACCGGCCGCGUCAGCUCUCCCAUCAUCACCGGGAGGGUUCGUCGUUGGGUGGAGGAGAUCACAUGGGAGCCUCUGGGGGUAUUUCUACCACACAAAAUGCCAGUAUUCGCAUUCAGGAUGUCAUUGUAAAUCAACGAGAACGAAUUCUCGAUGAGAUGAUGCUCUUUGACUAUCCAUCUGGUCGAUUUGGUCAGUCAGCCAGUCAAUUGUCCGAUCUGACGCCAGAAACGGGAGGUGAACCCAUUCGAAGUGUGGUAAUCACGACCUGGAGAUCAGGAUCGACCUUCCUGGGAGCCAUUCUCAAUGCCAUGCCGGGAAAUUACUAUCACUAUGAGCCUCUGCUCAAUUUUGACAUAAUCCAGAUACGCGGGGAGCCAUUAGCAUCGCAAGCUGUGGCCAAUCUCAAGCAAUUGCUCCACUGCAAUUACAGUGGAGAUGGCAUGAGGGAUUAUCUGGAGUACGGGCAGUCUCAUUCGUAUUUAUUUAAGCAUAAUACGCGCCUCUGGCGACUAUGUCUGCUGUAUCCCAACUUCUGCUGGCGACCGGAUUUCCUCACGCCUCUCUGUCGACUCUUUCCGCUGCAGAGCAUGAAAGUCGUCCGGCUGCGUCUCGCCAUUGCUGGCCAAUUGCUCGAAGACCCCAGAUUAAAUGUCCGGAUCGUUUUGUUAAUUCGCGAUCCACGCGGAACGCUACAAUCGCGGAAGCACCGCGAAUGGUGUCCCGGUAGACCAGACUGUGAUCAUCCGCCUACAAUGUGUCGUGACAUGGUGGCGGACUUCUAUGCGGCUCAGCUGCUGCUCAAGAAGCAUCCCGGCCGUUUCCGUGUGGUGCGAUAUGAAGAUCUCUCGCUCAGUCCACAAGAGAUUACCAAGGAACUACUGGAUUUCUAUGGUUUGCCCAUGGAUCCAGAAGUUGAGGAAUUUCUGGAAUCACACACCAAGUUGGACAUUGGUGGUGUAAGUUCCACUUAUCGUGACUCAAAGUCAGCACCUUUCCACUGGAUUAAGGAUUUAGCCUUUGAAGAGAUUGAUACGAUCCAGAACGGAUGUACAAAAGCAAUGGAAUUGUGGGGCUACAAAAAAGCCACAAAUUUAACGAUUCUGAGCAACAAAUUUGAUCCUAUUCUUCCAUAUUCUCUCACAUGAAUCGCAAUUAUUGAGGUAAUGAAAAAUUCUUCAAACAAAUGAAAUAUUCCAGCAAUGUUUGUCAAAGUAGAGGAGAGAAUGCAAGUCACUUUACUGCAUUACUUUUUUUUUUAAAUUAGUUUGUAAUGUUUUUAGAGACGUUCUCUGCAUUUUUCACUGCGCGAUUCAUGUUAUUAUUGAGUCCGAUGGAGUGUGAGUGAAAAUGAGUCAAGCUAACCAAUUGAAAAAUAGUGAAUUUAUCUAGUUUCUUUUAAUAAAAUUUCUAUUUUGAAAUUUGGGUAUUUGGAAAAGGUUUGUUAAAUAUUUUAUUUUUGCACUUAUUAUUAUGUUAAGAAAAAGCAUUUUUUUUUUCAAAAUGAAAGCGUUCUAGCUUCUAACUGCAUUUUCUUUGUGUCUGGCAUCGUUAGUAAGUUAAUGUUGAUACAAAGCAAAUGCACUUAGAACAGUUUCAUUUUUAGAAGACGAUUUGGAGAUAUUUUAUGAAACGUUAGUAAAAAUUAUUAAAAUAUAAUCUAGAAAAUAUUUUUUUUAAAACGCGUAUUUGGAAAUAUUUGUGUGGAUUAUGAAUUAUUUGACUUUCUAAGUAAGCUAAUAUCAUAAAAAAAUUUAAGUCACGCCCCUUUCUACACUGAGAAAAAAAGAGGGUGCGAUUAACUUUUUUUCUUCAUAACUUUAACACUUUUUAGGUGUAAAAAUAUAUCAACAUUUUUUAAUGUUAAUUUUAAACUUUUUUAAGGGUAAAAUUAACAUGAAAGAAUGGUAAAUUUAACCCCCAAUACACCUAAUAAGGGUAAUAUUUACACCGAUUUUGGAUCAAUACUGCAGGGUAAAAUUAACAUUUCCGGAAUGUUAUUUUAACUUUUUCGGAUUUCUCUCAGUGUAGACAUUCACAUCUUUGCACGGGGCGGGACUCGAACUUACAACUGUGAAAGUCAAGUCAGACAUCUCAUUCGCCCAAAAGCCAACGGCCUUGCCUAUUGCGCCACUGAGAUCCCCGUUUGGUAAUCUGUAUCGUCAUUUUCAGCGACCUAUGAUUGCCUAAAGAAUUUAGAUUUAAAUUUGUGACAUCCCGAAAAGGCUAACUGCGAUCUUAUGUUUUAUAAUUCUGUCUCGUUUCUGUUUCGUUUUUAGCAUUAGAGAGUCUAGGCAUAGUUCGUACGCAGGCUACUUUCAAACGAUGCAAAGUUUCUUUUGUAAAGAGCUGGUUCGUAAUUUCGUAAUUUUAAGAAUAUAGGGUAAGUGUGCCAAAUUCCGGUCGGCUUGCAAUUUCGGCCAACUUUUUCGUUCCUCGAAUUUCCAUGAACUUUUAGAUUUUACGUACUAUAGAGAUUAUACAUGCAAAAGAAUAACAAAAAAUGUAGCUUCGACAAGCAAGAUGACAUGAAAAAGAUAUUGGAAGAAUUCCCGAAGGGCAAGGAACUAUGAGAAUGAAGGUGGCCGAAAUAGGGUACCAAAGCUAUGUCUAUAUUUUUAUUCAUUUUAAAAUGUAUUAAGAAUGAUUUUAGAGUAAAUAAAGACGGUAAACUCUUUACAAUGUUUUCAAGUAACACUCUUUCAGAAAAAAGAUUUAAAAAAAUAAAUUUGAAUUUAAAAUAUUACAUUUCAAACUUGAGACUUUGACGCUUGCAUGCAACUAUGCCGAAAUUUGGCACACUUACCCUACAUCUCACAGCUCCUAAGGUUUUAUGAUUUUCUAUGGCUAAGGGCCUUGACAGACCUAAGGAUUAGCCGAGAGACGGCUUAGCGUAAUUAUAUUUGAAAUAAGGGUUAGAGUUCAUUUCCAUCAUUUUCCAUUAAGUCGUCUCUCGGCUUAAGUCGUAAGUGUGUCUAGGUCAUAAGGACUGAUGAAACAGCUCUUUACAAAGAGAAAAUUCGCAUUUGUUUGAAGGUUCACUGUGUACAAAUCAUGUCUACGUUUCUCUGUACGAUAUGUAAUUCAGUAGUUUCUUCCGGUUACUUGAUGAGAUCGGUUGGCAAGCGCAACGAAACCAAGAACUGAGUUGAAUUGUGUUUGGGACCAAGUCCCCUGGGUCAAUCAAAUUCAAGAGUUAGUGAACUGUAUUUAUUUUUAUCAAUGGAUUUUACGCGUGGCGGACUGCAAGGACUUGAUUAAGUAUGGCGGUGACUGAUUUGCUAAUUAUUUCAAAAAAUAGUGUGAUCAUGUGUGUGUUGAUGGUCCCUAAAAUAUAGGCUACAUUUUAAUGCAUUUCCUUAAACAAGAUAAUUCAAUUCGUUUGCUUCCAUCAACCUCAAGCUAUUUCACGAGUUUACAACCUGUAAUUUCAUAAUUUUCAAACUAUCGCCAUAUUGAGUUUCACUAAUUUUUUUCUUUCAACCUACCAAGUUAUAAAACUCUUUAUCCUGACUCAGGACUUAGCUUGAUCGUCUCCCAAGAAGUUCAGUCAAAUCUAUACAAUAAAUACUACUAAAUUACAUAGGUAUUUAACAUGAGAAAUUAUCCUAAUUUACGCAAAUUUCUUUCCCAAAAGAAUUACACAACUGCACGUCAUGCCACGCUUUUUACAAAAAGACUGACAAAUGUGCCGGAAGGGCUUACAUAAUAAAUUUUCAAAUAAUUCCGCCAGUUGGCGUUCGCGUUUUCAACAAAUUGAUUUUAUCCCAAUUUUUCUUUUUAUCCAAAUUAUUUUCCUACUCUGAUUCAUUUUUAUUUCGAACAUAAAUAUUUUUAUUCGUCAGUUUCAGAGAUGUAUUCUAAAAUUGUUUAUGGCCGGAGCUUAUUUAGAAAGUCAAAUACUACUUCCCUGAAAAAUUGAAUUUUAGAUAAAUAAAGUUUUGCUGCUACGUUGUAUCCAUUUACAAUGUCACGCUUGGAAACUCCUCAAAACAUACGUAAAUUCUUGAAUAAAUGGCAACGAAUAUUUUAUUGAACAAUUAAAAAACUAAAAAAAUCCUUUAAUGGAAAAUUCAUCACUUGAGAUUAAUCGAUUAAUCAAAAUAAAAUAAAUCUAGGAAGUACCAUCAGCGCACAAUCGGGGAAUACGCGAACUUUACUUAGAAUGAUCAAUUUUCGAAUUAUGACAGAACUUCGAAUUUUUUGAAGAUUUGAAUGCUGAGAGAGUACUCUGCGUAAAUAAAUGAGAUUAAAUUAAAUUGAAAUUAUUUUAUAUUUUUUUCUUUUGCGGUCAAAAGAUAAUUAGGUUUAUUUUUAGUUUUAAUAAGUAGGAUCUUGCACCAAUUUAUAGAAUACUUGACAAACCUUGAACAAAUAACCCAUUCAGAUUUAGAAGAUAAAUAUCUCAAAAGAAAAGAGAGAAAAUAUAUCUGUCAACAAAAUGUCAAUUAGUUGUACUGAUUAAUUUUCCUUCGGAAAAUCAUCACUGAAUGCGCUGUGUUUUGUAUUACUACAGAUUAAUUUCUACUGUUUACCUUCAAUUUAUUUAAUAUUUUGAAUUAAGUUAUUUGUAAUAAGAAAAUGUCUAAUUUAUUUAUUAUUAAGAUUUUCAUUUUAAAUGAGAAAAAAAGAAAAUGUUGCAAUAAUUGCUUAUCGAAAAUUUCGAGGGUCUAAUUUUGAAGGAAAAAAAAAUAAAAUAGAAAAAUCGGACUAAUAGAAACCAUGAUAGUUGAUAAGGAUAAGCUUAAAAGAAAACAGUAUAAUUGUGGUGCCUUCUUGGGAUAUUUUACGGGGACUAUAAAUAUAUAUUUUUUUCCUUUGAAACUGUUCACAAUCGAAGAACCUGAAGCUAUAAAUCACAAUUUCAAUCUUCCGUUUAAUUUUGCAUCGUAGAAAUGUAAUUCAGAAAAAAAUGUAAACAUAGAGGAAAAUGUGUAUGACAAUUAUUUAUUUAGUUUUACAACUUCUCCCUAAAACCUAGUGUCUACAGAAAGUUGUUAUUUUAAUAAAUAAACCGCAAAAAGACAUGCAAAAGACAA